AUGACGCUCGGAGCAACAAAAUUCGGGAUUUUUAUCUCUUUUCUCCUCGUUUUUUCCGCCCAUGCCGCCGUGCCGGACAAACGCCAGAACUUGGAUAAGGACGAGUAUGAAGACGGUGAGGAAAGAGGGGAAGAGGGCACAGAUUAAGUCACUUUUAUUGUUCUUGAGUGAGUGAGAGAUAGAGGGAGAGGGAGGAAAGAGGAAGAGAGAAGAAGAACGGGUUUUAUGGUGUUAGAAUUACGGCAUUUGAUGGGUUUGAGAGAGUUAACGAGUAGAUUAGUGGAAGAAGUUAAGAGAAUGAAUUAUUGCAACCAAAAGUGAGGCCAACCAAAGUUGAGAAAACGCGUUCUAAAUUUAGAGAUAAGUCGUCUUUUCAAGCUGAAAAACUAAAAGACUCCUUUGAAUUUGAACUCAUUCCAAUUACCACUACUAGAGAAUAAUGAUUUCAAACUGUCAAUGCAAAAUCAUAUGACGAAUUAUAAAGCCUUCAUUUAGCCAGCAAAAUGUUUGCGCGAUUAAAUUUAGCUAAUCCCCAUGUGGACAGGGCCAACGGACUACUCAGGACCGACUAAGGUGUUCGACCUUGGCCCCGAUCCGUCCUGCUGAAACUAUACUUUGUGCUCCCAGGCGGUCGAGUAAAUUCAUCCCAUUUGUACAUCUUUUGGAUUGAAAUCGAAACCUGGUCAAUUUCCCUUCUUUCAGUGCCCGACAAACCUUUUCCGGGCAGAAUUGAGAUAAUGCCAAUUGUGCAACGAGACACCAAACACAAGGACGUCUCGGAGACGGUUCAAGAGAUCAUCAGGGAGCUGCCGAACGACGAGCAGUACGAGCGAAUCGGCAAGAUGCUGAACGUAAGCGAUCAUAUUACCCCCUUCCCCUAAGCUUCCGCUUGCUCGUUGAAAACGAUAUCAAUUACUUGGGUUUCCAGAACUCGUACGACGCGAUGAACAGGGAAGCGGCCGAGGGAAAAACAGCGAUCCGGCAGAAAAUGGUGGUAUCCGGGGACAGGACUGCCAGGACCAACUCGGCAACGAUCAACAUGGCGAUCAUGCACGCGUCGAUCAUCCUCGGAAUCAUGGGGAUCUCAAUCAUUAUCGUGAUCUAA